AUGUUUCCCUCCGCUGGACUCUUCUCUCAGACUGACUGUCCUUUCCUCAGCCGGGCCGGAUGUGAGCGACCUCACUGUCCAUACAGACACAUCAAAGGAGAACACGGCACAGGUGCGCGCGCCGGGAGUGCGCGCGCGGCAGCUGAGACAGGUCAUGGCAAUCAUAAUGCUGCUAGAGUCUUCCACAACCAGGAACAGAGCCACGCUUGUCUUUCAGAGCUGGAAAGGAUCAACAAACAGAUUGAAGCAGUUAGAAAUGAAGUGGAGAAAGAACAAAAAAGACUGUCCCGCUACCAGUCUGAUCAGGCUGAGAGUGCUGGAGCUAGCUCAGAAGAAUAUCUUGUGACAAGAAAAACUCCUUCUAAAGACCAGAAUGGAAACCAGCUGAAACGUAAAAAGUUCACCACUGCUGCCUGCAAAUAUGUUGUUGAUCGCACCAAACCAAAAACUGAUCUGGAAUAUGAUCCUUGUUCAAAUUUUUCUGCCGACCUGCGAUCUGGCAGCUCAACAGAUAAAGCGAAAUCUGCCGGUAAAGCUGAUGUGGAACGUGAUCAGCGGGAGAAAGAAAAGGAUCCGGAUCCGGUUCCCGUUGGCUCUUGUGAUUUUGAGGAUUCUGAUGAGGAGGGGGAACUGGUUAUUGACAUUCCCCCCUUUGAAUAUGACGGGAACAAGAGGUCUCAAAUACAAAGUGCACCAGACAGUGAAAAUGCAAAUUUUAUAAAGCUAAACAGGGAAUCUUCAGAAGUGGCCCAUCUUGAUACUGACAUGCUACUGCUAGAAAAGAAGGUUGAAACAAUUAGGACAGCAAAGAAGACCAUGACUAGCAUCGGUGAACAACUGGAGGCACCCAAAUCCUUGUGCAAGGAUGCUGAUUUGGUAAAACGAAAACACCCCAUGGUGGAAAGGGAAACAAUGCCUUCUGAAAGAGUUCAUCCUGUUGGAAAUAGACCUACAGAAGGUGAACAAAAACCCUCAGUUUGUUCCACAAACCCUCAGUUCAGGAUAGUCAAUGAAGAAUCUGAAUUACCCAAUAAGAUGGAGAUUGGUGCCUUGCCUGCAAAAAACAAUCAAGUGCUUCAUAAGGGUCUGAAACAAAACUUGGCUGCUUCAACAAAUGACAAAUGCAAGAAAGAAAUCUUGAAUUGUGUGACUGAAAAAUCUUCAGAAUUACCUGGAAACGCAAGGUCGUCUUCAAUGGUAGGUUUUUCAAAGGGUAGCCACUUGGGAAAAUCUGCGAACAGUGUGAAUGCUGGCGACUAUGAAGAAAAAACACAGAAUAUUGAGAAUGUUUUAGAUGAUAUUUCCAUUUGCCUGGACCACCUAAGGCAUGAAAGUGAGAACAUUGCUUGCCUUCAAGAUGUGGAUACUCUUCUUGACACGAUCCCUUCUGCCCCCAGUUGCUUGAAGAUGCAUGGUGAUCCUUUACCAAAUCCUUUACCACCUGUAACAGAAAAGCAAACAGAGCCUGAGAUACAACCAAAUAACUGGCUCACAGGUCACAUUAGAAAAAUGGACACAGUGCCCAUUGGACACUCAUCAAAGAUCCCACAGAACUCGACAGUAUUCCAGGAUUACCUUCCUACCACUUCCUCUUUCUCAGCCAUAACCAAGGAUCCAGGAUCUUGUCAGAACACUCAAACAUUUGUUGAAGAACACUGGCCAUUUGCACAUAAAGUCCCAACUGAACCUGAUGUUCAGUAUGUACCGCAGUAUGUUUCUGGAACCAACACCCCAACAAUUCCAUCUUCACAUACAGAGCUCAAGCCAGCUGCUCCAACCAUGGAUUUGACUGGGGGCCAGUUCCUGCAGACCCCACCUGCUCUGCAGUGUGAAACAGAUGAUAUAACGGUUGAUUCUAGUUCUUCAGAAGAUCUCAAUUAUUCAGACAUAGAUCUUUCUGAGAGUGAUCCAAUGGAAGAGUGCUACAGAAUAUUUAUGGAAGCCAACAAGGAUGAAGGUGCCACCUUUCAAGGUGACAAGCCAGAAGAGGUUUCAAAGAUAUCGGAGGCUGAGACUGUCGCACCAGUUCUUUCUCAGAAAAAGAGAGUAGCCCAUGUAGCAAAGUUUGAGACCACUCAUCAGGUCAAUAAAAACAAAGCACAGAUCAUCGUGCCCCUUAGAGACAGCGGUUCCCAGCUGCCAAUGCCCAGCCGGAGUCAGCAGUGCCAGAAGACUGCGAUGUCUCUUACAGCAGCUGUGAAAGGAUGCCAAUCCUUUAUUGCAGCCAAUGCACCCAAGCGAGUCAUCACACCUACUGUCCUUCAUCCAACUGCCGUGCCAAACCACUGUGUGAACAUCCUCCCGGCUGGAGCGACCCUGCAAAUCGGACCAAACCUGCACCUGAUAGUCCCUGAAGGGACCUGUGCAUUACCGGUCACACUAAUUCCCACUGCUGCAGUGCCUAUAGCACGUCCAGUUCAUCAACCGUCCCCAAUCCGACAGCCUGUGCAACGAGCUAACUACACCCCUGCCAAGUCAAUUCCUAUCAAACGCAAAGCAAAAGGACGUGCAGAGGUUGGCGUCAAAGUUCCUCAUGAUGUACGGCAGCGGUACGUCAAUCUGUUUGUGGAGGAGUUCCUGAAAACCUCCGCCACUGUGCAAGACGCCUUUGAAAAGGCACUAGCAGAAGAGAAGACUGUGUUUGAUCGCAGCAUCAAUAAACUGAAGUAUUUAAGCAUAGCAGUGAACGCACUCAAGAGGCUUAAAAAUCAAAAUGCAGCUCCUGCCAAAUUUUCCAGCGAAAGAGAUGCACAGGCUUCUAGAGGAAAUGUGCCACUCAAUACUCAAGCACUCCUGCAAAAUGGUGACUCCACCCUCUAUGAUCAGCUGAAUGAACAUAUUCUAACCAAGGACCUGCUGAAGGAGAAUAACUAUCCUCACAAACACCCUGAUAAAACUGGCUUUGCCGUUCAGUAUGGUGACGCCAAAAAGGGUAACACUGAUGUUUCCAGGAGAAUCUGCUGUCGCUGUGGAACUUCUUUCUCCGUUGGCCAGACAGGAAAGCAUACUCGCAAAGAAGAGUGCAACUAUCAUUACGGGAAAGUCAUGGAAAACAGAGUACCAGGAGGAGUGGAGACGCGCUAUAGCUGCUGUGAGAGUGCAGUCGGGUCUCCUGGCUGCCAAGUGUUUAAGCUCCAUGUCCAUGAUGCACUGAGUCUCCAAGGCUUCGUCACUAGCCUCCCUCAGACUCAUACGGACUGCCCAGGGAUUUACGCUAUUGGCACGGAAAUGUGCUACACCACCCAGGGUCUGGAACUGGUGAGAGUCACGGUGGUGAACAGCAAUCUGCAGGUCGUCUAUGACACGUUUGUUAAACCUAACGAUGAGGUCAUUGACUACAACACCAGGUUCUCAGGAGUCAGUGAGGAGGAUGUGAAGAACAGAAGUUCAUCUUUGCAAGAUGUGCAAGCUGUGCUUUCAAGCUUUAUUAAUGAGCGAACCAUCCUUGUUGGGCAUAGUUUGGAAAAUGAUCUCUGUGCUCUAAAACUUAUUCACAGCACGGUGGUCGACACGUCCGUGGUGUUCCCCCAUCGCCUGGGUCCGCCGCACAAGAGAGAACUCCAAAGCUUGACAGCCGAGUAUCUGAGGAAGAUAAUCCAAGAAAGCGUGGAGGGACACGACACCCAGGAGGACGCGAGGGCGUGCAUGGAGCUCAUGCUGUGGAAGGUGAAAGAGGAUGCUAAAGGGAAGAGAUGGUGAUCUCAUCAUCUCGGCUGAUGAAGAAAGAUCUGCUUGGCCCUAAUGUGCACUGCUGUAGAAUCGUCACUAGAAACUUGCUUUAUCGUAUCAAUCGUCACCUGUUGUCUGUCUUAUUGGGUUAAUAAUUAGAUUAAUAGCUGCAUUAGGGUUGCUGGAAAUGUAGGGAUAGAAACGAAUGGUUUCCUCACAUAUGUAUUGACACAUUUCUGUUUUGUUUCACUUUCAGAAAACAGGGUACCUUUCUUUGUCACUCUAGGCUUAUUGUAUUUGACUAGAAAUGUGGAAAUAGUGUAACUCUUAAAAGUUCAUAAAGUUACUUAGUUACAGUCACAUUGCAUAUCAUAACCUCUAGGGCCUAUCUAUAUCUAAGUAAAAGAUGUACCAAAGACGUAGGCUUAAGGAGACCACUUCAGUGACGAACAAAAGUAAGGUUUUUUUUUUUUUUUUCACGAGUCUUGAACGUGAGACAUUUUGUUUUGUCAAGUGUCCAUGAAAUAAACUUAUUCACCAUUGCACUAUGGAAUUAUUAAAUAAAAAAAAGUAUACUUGUGCACUCUGGGAUGAUGGAAAAGCAAGUAAAGACACUGCAAUGAUCUGGUGCUGUGUGAAUUCUUUAGCCCAAUUAGUUUGGUUACUGAUUAGUUGAUUGGUUAAUUAGUUAAUUGGCUUCAAAUGAUUUCACUAGCUGACCCAGUCAUGCCUCCACCUAAUGCUAUUGAUUAACUUUCUUUAAAUGUCCAUCCAAUUAGCUACACUUAAUUUGCAACUAAAUUAACAUUGAUUAAGGUUAUAGAGUAAUGCGCACACACAAGUGACUGUGAUUGGUUCUUUCACAGGUCUGUUUUUCCUCUUUGACUGAGGGUUUGGAUGUUCGUGUUCAGGAAAUCACUAAUUGCUAAUUUGGUAUUUAGUUUCUCAGGUUUGGGAGAACUGAAGACACCUUGAAUGACUUCAGUUCAGAUUUACGAUUUGAAAUGUUUAAAGUAUUUAUUCCUGUGUUAAUGAGCUAGCUCAAUGUGUAGACCAGGUUUAAUAAGAUUAUGAAGGAUGAUCAAUAAUAAA